AUUGAUAGAUGAUUGUUUACCUAAAGUUUGGUAUAAUAUGCAACUAAUGCAAGAAUACAAGGAUAAAAACGGCUUAGUUGAAUAGGAGUCUUACUUUUGUUAAAAUAGUUCUGUUUUCUUUUGAUUGUAAAUAAAAGCAUUUUUUGUAUGUUACAAGCCCAGUGCGUGAAACUUUGUAAAGCCUCUAUAACCUAGAGCUGUAAAACUUGGAACAACCGUACGUACGUUACUCACAAAAGAUGAAUAUGUCCAAGUUAAAAAUAAGUGUUACUUCAGCCGUGGCCCUCGGUUGUGCUGGUAUAACAUACGUGGUUCUGCAAAGGAUUAAACCGAAGAAUGCUGAAGACGCCUUGAAUUAUUUGUCAAUUGAAAUUAUUGCAUCAGAAGAGGCCUGUAGCCAAGCCAUCAUCAAAUUAAGAAGGAAAUGUAGUGGGCACCAUGCUAUAGGUUUUGACUGUGAAUGGGUUACAGAACAAGGGAAGAGGCAGCCUAUUGCCCUGCUGCAACUAUCCACAUAUGACGGCUAUUGUGUUCUGUUCAGAUUGAAUCUAAUUAAAUCAAUACCUAAAACUUUGCAGGACCUAUUGGAGGACGAAAGUAUAUACAAAGUAGGGGUGGCACCAAAAGACGAUGCGAGGUACUUGACGCAGGAUUAUGGAGUGUACAUGAAAGGCACACUUGAUAUAAGGCAUCUGGCACGUCUGUGUGGCUACGAAGAUGGCGGGUUGGCUACACAGUCUAAAUCCCUACUGGGCAUUGUACUGGAUAAAACUUGGAGGAUAAGGUGCAGUGAUUGGGCUGCAGAGGAACUAUCUGACAGGCAGGUGAAAUACGCGGCAGCUGACGCCCACGUUGCCAUAAAGAUUUUCGUAAAACUCAUCAAUGACUAUCACAAAGGAGGCAUAUUCCCGUGGUUCUGGAGUGGCCACGGAAACGGCUGUUGGAAAGACUUGAUUGUUUGUAAGAGAUACGUUGACGUGCCCUAUAAAAGUAAGAGGAAUGAUAAGAAUUCGGAUAAGAGUCAUAGGAUUAAAGAGAAGGAGGCAAAAAAUGGCAAAGAAAUCAAAGAAUUGGAUCAGAAGAGAUAUCCGCAUGCGACGCGAUCCAAGCCUCUGUACCACAAUUGCUUCUUAGAAGCACCCGAUGGAGAGCUAUUGUGCACCUGCGAUAACCAGAAAGCCAUGUGGUACGUAGAAAAGGAACUAGCGGAUGUGGUAAGCAAAGAGCCUCUGAAAGUCCGUCUGCGGUUCGAACCAGCAGGCAGGUAUGUGGGCGACGUCGGUCGAUACUACCAGCUGACGAAAGAAAACAAGUGCGUCGUCUGCGGCGGCCAGGACUCUUAUAUACGCAAGAACGUCGUGCCCAGAGAGUACAGGAAGUACUUCCCAGAAAUAAUGAAGGAGCAUUCGUCCCACGACGUGGUUCUCUUAUGUGCGUCUUGCCACCAGCUGUCGAACAUGCUCGACCGCACGCUCCGCGAGCGGCUUGCCGAGCUUUGCGACGCUCCGCUCAGCUCGCACGGCCACAGCCGGCUCACAGAGGAUGCAGUUUGCAAAAAAAUCCGUUCGGCCGCCCGAGCCCUACUGUACCAGUCACGCAAACACGUGCUUCCCGAGGCGAGGCGCAAAGAGCUGGAGGCCGUCAUACUACAGCAUUACUUGCAACACGAAACUGUUACUGAGGAACUGCUGAAGGAGGCCGCUGAGAUACAAGUCGUAUUCGAGAACGAAGACUACGAGUCGCAUGGACACAAGGUCAUGGAGUAUUUUAUGAAAAACGAAGGCGUGCUUCGUCUGGAGGAACUGUGGAGGGAGCACUUCUUGAAGUCUAUGCAGCCCCAGUACAUGCCUGAACUGUGGUCUCUGAAGCAUAACGAAGAAAGGUUAACUGUGCGUCUAAAAGAAGGACGGCUUUCUGAUGAGGACCAGAGACUGCUGGGUCUUUCCGUGUAACUUUUUAAGCGUUUGAGAGAGAGCAUUAAAAGCUUGUAGUAUUUACUGUUCAAAAUGAAUAAUAGUACAACAUUUGUGCCGCCAUUAAACACCAAUAUUUCAAUGAUGUUUUAAACUUUUAAAUAUGAUAUUUUUUAUAUACUUUUA